AUGGACGAAAAGCAUUGUCGAUUGGUAGUCAUGACAUGUGAAAAGGCCAGUAGGAAGGCCAUCGAUACGCUGACUCGAUCCGCUAAUUCGAUUAUACGGAGUAUUGUGGAUGAGAGCUCAAGAGAGGAUUCGGUGGUGUGGCUAGCGGCUCAGUCACUGGAGAAGAUCAACAGCACGUCAGUGACGGAAAUGCCGUAUCAUAUAUCAGGCGUAUGA